CGAACGAGAUUGGGCCUGGUUGUUCUGAUGUAGCAAACAGCACAGAAGAUGGACUCGCAGGCAGGCGGAGGCAAACCCAUGACACCAUGAGUCCUCCAGCUUGGCCUGUGGACUUGUGGUGUUGUCAAAUGACAUCUGGCUGCACACAGCAACAGGCAAGCAAGUCUCAGCUCUCCAGCCAGUUGACAUCUGCCACCUGGUGAUGGUAUGGAAGGAAUAACACAAUGAACCGAUACAGCACCCUCAGACAGCUCGGAGAUGGCACUUACGGAUCGGUCAUCCUCGGACGUAACCUGGAGUCAGGGGAGCUUGUGGCCAUAAAAAAAAUGAAAAGAAAGUUCUACUCAUGGGAAGAAUGCAUGAACCUCCGUGAAGUCAAGUCCUUGAAGAAACUCAACCACGCUAAUAUCAUCAAGCUGAAGGAGGUCAUCAGAGAAAAUGACCACUUGUACUUCAUCUUUGAGUACAUGAAAGAAAAUCUGUAUCAGCUGAUGAAAGACAGAGCUCGGUUGUUCCCAGAAUCAGCUGUGAGAAACAUCAUGUUCCAAAUCCUCCAGGGGCUUGCAUUCAUUCAUAAACAUGGCUUCUUUCACCGGGACAUGAAGCCUGAGAAUCUUCUUUGUAUGGGCCCAGAGUUGGUGAAAAUAGCCGAUUUUGGCCUCGCUCGAGAGAUUAGAUCUCGACCGCCGUACACAGACUAUGUGUCCACUAGAUGGUACCGAGCACCAGAAGUCCUCCUUAGAUCCACAUCCUACAGUUCCCCCAUAGACCAGUGGGCGGUAGGCUGCAUCAUGGCAGAGCUGUACACCCUCAGACCUUUAUUCCCCGGCUCCAGCGAAGUGGACACCAUAUUCAAGAUUUGCCAAGUUUUGGGUACACCAAAGAAGAAUGAUUGGGCAGAGGGAUUCCAGCUGGCCAGUGCCAUGUAUUUCCGUUGGCCUCAGUGUGUUCCCAGUAACCUGAAGACACUAAUUCCUAACGCCAGUCCGGAAGCUAUCCACCUGAUGACUGAUCUGCUCCAAUGGGACCCCAAGAAAAGACCAACAUCUGCACAGGCUCUCAGGUACUCCUACUUCCACGUGGGCCAGGCUUUGGGAACCCCUCAGCAGAUCCUGGAGCAGGACAGACCUCAGCCACAUCCUUUACCCCCACAGCAACCCUUACAGACGCCACUGCAGCAGCAGCCCUUACAUCUGAGGCCUGUGCCCCCCUCCCAGGCCUCUCCCCACAAUCAGCACUGCACCACCUCCAGACCGUUGCAGCAGAUCCAGCAGCCCUCUCUCCUCCCGGCCCCACAGCCCCCAGUGGCUGCGUACCAACGUCACGUAGAGCUAGUGCGAGAGCACCAACCGAAGCACGUUCUCAAGCAGGAAGCAAGCGAAGGACCCCCACAAUCUCUUCUCCCUUACAUUGUUGACAACAGCAAGACAAGACAGGAAAGUGAGAACGCUAACCUGCUGAGCUAUCAAACAAAAGCAAAGGGAGGACGUCGGCGUUGGGGUCACGCCGCAGGACACCUUAAAGGUGACGAGUGGGAUGACUACGGCGACACAGAACCGAUGCCUUCGAGUGUUCCGGGAAAAGGCAACGUCCCCCGAGAGAAGUCGAGGCAGGGAGAGGAGCCACUCCGAAGAUACAGCGACAUUCUGGACUUCAGUCGACCAAACGGAAAAGAAGAAGCACCUUUAAACCUGAACAAGACGUCAGGCUUCCAGGAAGCAUCGAGGACGGCAUCUGCCAAACAACACUACCUGAGACAGUCACGUUAUUUACCAGGCAUCAGCACAAAGAAAAAUGUGGCCAUAAAUGCUAGUAAAGACCGGAGCAAGAGCCAUCUUUGGGGCAAUAGCAGUAUUCCUUUUGGUGGGACUCUACCAAGCAGAGGACUUCACGGUAAUUUCACUUUCCUUUGCAUUUUCAGCUACUGUUUGCACAAUUUUGAAAGAAUGUGUUGUUUCCAAAAACAAGGUACAAAUACAAUCCCAGGAGCAUGCACGCAAACGUUUUACAAAAAAGAUGCCUGCUCUGUUGGUCACAGAGGUCAUCAGGGUGCCUCUUUGGAAUCAGCUGCUUCAAAUUAUGCAACAUGGCGAUCGGGUCGGAGUCAGAGGAACGCCUCCGGCAACAUGGCCAACAAAAGCCCUCCUUGUCAGUUACCACGUGCACCAGUACAGACCAUCCACGGGCGAAUAGACUGGUCUGCCAAAUAUGGACAACACCGCUAGUGGCCUCCCGCGCUUUACUUUACCUCCCAAAGAGAAGGCCUCAUCGUUUUGUACAUACAUCUUAACACAGCAAUAAUGUUUGUUUGUUGCCAAUGUACCAUGGAUGUGGUGUGCAUGUGUGAGGGUUAAAUGCAACCAGCCAAACAUAUUUGCACCUCUGUGAUAUACCGUACUGUAAUCUUUUCUGUAACAUAACUAACUGUCCUGCUUUGGUUAUUACACCUUUAUGUUUUUUAUGGUUUGCUAUUGAACCUGUUUACCAAGCUGUAUACAUGAUAUGCAUAUUAUUAAGUCACUGUGACUUGUUUAUAGCCAAGUAAUUACUUUGCCACGCUAUAUUACUUUGUACAUAUUGCUGGUGUUUUUACCUUUUUUUACUUUGUGAUGCUAGUGAUUUAAAUGUGAUUUUUGUUCAAUGUUUUUCAAUUAAAGUCAAGGCCGUGAUUGAAAUGUCUCAAACACUAACA